CUGCUGCCUCAGAGCCAGCCUGCCCCUGCUAAGCCAGCACUCCUUCAGCAGGAUCCUCUGGCCACCGCAAAAAACGAUGGAGAGGCUAGGCCUUUGCUGCUGCCUGGCUCUGCUCGCCCUCCUGUCCUCCCCAUGCCUGGCCCAGUAUGAGAACUGGCCCGCCUCCUUCCAGUAUCCCGAGUACUUCCAACAGCCAGCACCUGAGUACCACCAGCCCCAGGUGCCCUCGGACGUAGUCAAGAUCCAACUGCGCCUGGCCGGCCAGAAGAGAAAGCACAGUGAGGGCCGGGUGGAGGUGUACUACGAUGGCCAGUGGGGCACCGUGUGCGAUGAUGACUUCUCCAUCCAUGCCGCCCACGUUGUCUGCCGGGAGCUGGGAUACGUGGAAGCCAAGUCCUGGACAGCCAGUUCUUCCUAUGGCAAAGGCGAAGGGCCCAUCUGGUUGGACAACGUCUACUGCACUGGCAAGGAAGCCACCCUGGCCGCCUGUUCCUCCAAUGGCUGGGGUGUCACAGACUGCAAGCACACGGAAGAUGUUGGGGUGGUGUGCAGUGAGAAAAGGAUCCCUGGGUUCAAAUUCGACAACUCGGUAUUCAACCAGAUAGAGAACCUGAAUAUCCAGGUGGAAGACAUCCGGAUCCGGCCCGUCCUCUCGGCAUUCCAGCAUCGGCACCCUGUGACAGAGGGCUUCGUGGAAGUGAAGGAGGGCAAGACUUGGAAGCAAAUCUGUGACAAGCACUGGACAGCCAAGAACUCCCAUGUCGUGUGUGGCAUGUUUGGCUUUCCUGCGGAGAGAUCCUACAAUACGAAAGCCUACAAAAUGGUCGCAUCCCGGAGGAAGCUGCGCUUCUGGCCGUUCUCUAUGGACUGCCUGGGCACAGAGGCACACAUCUCUAGCUGCAAGCUGGGCCCACGAGUGUCACUGGAUUCCACAAAAAACAUCACUUGUGAGAACGGGCAGCCAGCUGUGGUCAGUUGCGUGCCCAGCCAGGUCUUCAGCCCCGAUGGACCCUCAAGAUUCCGGAAGGCCUACAAACCGGAGCAGCCCCUGGUGCGGCUGAGGGGAGGUGCCCAGAUCGGGGAGGGCCGCGUGGAGGUGCUCCGGAAUGGAGAAUGGGGGACCGUGUGCGACGACAAAUGGGACCUGGUGUCAGCCAGCGUGGUCUGCAGAGAGCUUGGCUUCGGCAGUGCCAAAGAGGCCAUCACGGGCUCCAGACUGGGACAAGGAAUAGGACCCAUCCACCUCAACGAGAUCGAGUGCACAGGGAGCGAGAAGUCCAUCACCGACUGCAAGUUCAACACCAAGUCAGAGGGCUGCAGUCACGAGGAAGACGCAGGUGUGAGGUGCAACAUCCCUGCCAUGGGCUUCCAGAAGAAGCUCCGCCUGAGCGGGGGCCGCAACCCCUUCGAGGGCCGGGUGGAGGUGCUGACGAAGAGAAAUGGGUCGCUCGUGUGGGGCACUGUGUGUGGUGAGAACUGGGGCAUCGUGGAGGCCAUGGUGGUGUGCCGGCAGCUGGGACUGGGCUUUGCCAGCAACGCCUUCCAGGAGACCUGGUACUGGCACGGAGAUAUCUACAGCAAUAAGGUGGUCAUGAGUGGAGUGAAGUGUUCGGGCACAGAGCUGUCCCUGGCCCAUUGCCGCCAUGACGAGGACGUGGCCUGUCCCCAAGGCGGGGUGCAGUACGGGGCCGGAGUUGCCUGCUCAGAAACCGCCCCCGACCUGGUCCUCAACGCCGAGAUGGUGCAGCAGACCGCCUACCUGGAGGACCGGCCCAUGAUCCUGCUGCAGUGCGCCAUGGAGGAGAACUGUCUGUCGGCGUCGGCCGCCCUGACCGACCGCAACACCGGCUACCGCCGGCUCCUGCGCUUCUCCUCCCAGAUCCACAACAACGGCCAGUCCGACUUCCGCCCCAAGAAUGGCCGCCAUGCCUGGAUCUGGCACGACUGCCACAGGCACUACCACAGCAUGGAAGUAUUCACCCACUAUGACCUGCUGAACCUCAAUGGCACCAAAGUGGCCCAGGGCCACAAGGCCAGCUUCUGCCUGGAGGACACCGAGUGUGAAGGAGACAUUCAGAAAAGUUACGAGUGUGCCAACUUUGGUGAGCAGGGCAUCACCAUGGGCUGCUGGGACAUGUACCGCCACGACAUCGACUGCCAGUGGGUCGACAUCACUGACGUGCCGCCCGGAGACUACCUGUUCCAGGUUGUCAUUAACCCCAACUACGAAGUGUCCGAGUCUGAUUAUUCCAACAACAUCAUGAAGUGCAGGUGCCGCUACGACGGCCACCGCAUCUGGAUGUACAAUUGCCACAUCGGCGGUUCCCUGAGCGACGAAACGGAACAGAAAUUUGAACACUUCAGCGGACUCUUGAAUAACCAGCUGACCACGCAGUGA